GUCCUGGUACAAGCAGAUGCGUUGUCGCACAUAUUCAAGAACCAGCAUCCAUCUAAAUUCAAUCUUUCCUUCCCCUUAUUUUAGUGCCUCCUUAGAGCAUCUUUAAUAAGAUACAUGCCCACGACCUCAGGCACUCAGUCAUAGCAAACCCUCUUCAAACAGCGGGUCCCCUGCUUCCCUGCCAUAAUCACCCCAAGCUUCAUGGGUUGAGCCACCAGAAGUUCGACAAUCUCCUCUCCAUUCUCUCCUCCUCUUUAUCCUUCGCUCAAACCCCUCAACCUCCCCCUCCCCUGUCCAUCCUACAACCCUACUCUGUCCACUCCCUUGCCAGUACUAUCACCAGCGUGAUGGCUUGUUGUGCCUCAGGCUUGUUUGGACUUGCAACCACAGCAUCACCCUCCACUACACAGACUUGCGGACGCAGCAGCCACUAGAGUGAAAGAUACAGAGAGACAGAGGGGGGGAAAGGGAGAGACAGACAGAGAAAGAGAGCAGUGCCACAGGAGAGAGGAGGGAUCAUCUCUCCCAGCAGCAGAGGGAUUCACCUGUCAUACAGAGGAAGGGCCCCCCCCCCACCUUAUCCAUCUGGUCGCAGGGGGGGACCCUGCGUGGCCAGUAAGGCAACAGGGACUAUGCAGCUGGGACUGGUGGCGCUGGCAAUGGUCUUCCUCAGCUCCAUGGGUCACGGCGAUGCUCUUAAGCUCUCCAAGGCGAGAAGGCAGAGACGGGUUAGUACAGAGGGGCCACCAUCUUGCCCCAAAGGCUGUGAGCGAUGCUCUGAGUUUAAUGGCUGCAUUAAAUGUAAGCCCAAGCUCUUCAUCUUCCUGGAGCGCAAUGACAUCCGCCAGAUAGGCGUGUGCCUCGCCUCCUGCCCCAUGGGAUACUUUGGCAUGAGGAACCCAGAAGGCAACAACAGAUGCACCCAAUGUAAAAUAGACAAUUGUGAAGCGUGUUUCAAUCGCAAUUUUUGCACAAAAUGUAAGGAGGGCUUGUAUUCACACAGUGGGCGAUGUUAUGUCAGCUGCCCUCCAGACCAGCGCACCGCCAAUGACACAAUGGAGUGUGUCGGUCAGCGUACUGCAGAGUGCGAACUGGCCGAGUGGAGCCAAUGGGGUUCCUGCAUGAAGAAGAACAAAACAUGUGGAUUUAAGAAAGGCUCGCAGUCUCGGGUUCGUGUGCCUCUUCCGCAGGUCCACAGUCCAGACACCUCCCCGGCCUUUGUACCCUCACAGACCUGUGUUCCACAGACAGAGAGAAGGAAGUGCAUUGUGACCAAGACGCCCUGUGUUAGAGAGAAGAGUAAGGGAGACCGACAAGAUGAUACAAACAGGAGAGAGGGGGAGAAUACACGUGGGCGAGGACGAGACAAGGAUGGUAGUCGAGGAGGAGGAGGCGGAGGAGGAGGAGGAGGUGGAGGAGGAGGAGGUGGAGGUGGAGGUGGAGGAGGAGGGAAGAGGAGAAAAGGCCAGAGCAGGACCACCACUCUUCCCAGCAUCACAACUAGCUCUGUCUCCUAAACUCCAUCGCCUGCUGGAUGGGGCUGAGAAAAAAACAGAGACAAUGCCUCAUCCAACAGCACCAGCCCUAGACAAAGAUCAAAGUGAUAAAGGAAUGCUGGAUUAAUGCUGCUAUGCGUUGUAGAAGAUGCAAAGAGAACUGGAGGAUUGCUGCAACACAAAAGGCUUCUCUGAGCCUUUUGAGUAGAUGGACAUAUCUGGAAGAUUCAGGUGUCUUAGUGAUAUUCAGAAAGACUUGUUGAUUUUCAUUCCACUGUGAGGGAUCACUGUUGGACUGCAAAGCCACGUUGAAGAUUGUGGUUCGAAAUGGUUCGUGCCAUGAACCGACCUAUUUCACAUCAUGAACUAAGAACAGAUUCCUUUGUUUCAAAUGCAGCACUAAAGCUGGAAGUCUGAUAAUGAAUGAAGGGUCUCUUCAGUCUCUUCUGGUCUAUGAUGUAUUUGGUUCCAGUCUGAGUUUAAUCACAAUCUGUUCUUCAUUUGUUUUCAUGUUUGUGAGAGGUGGCAGAUGGAUUUUCUCAAUGGCCGCUGUACGUGAUGUAAAGACAAUGAAUAGUAUUAAGUCUGUGUACCUUUAUUUCCUAUUGUGAAAUGAAACAAAAAGAAAGGCACUGGAAAUCAUUUGUGGUUGUUGAGGACAGAAGGUCUUCUAUAUAUUAUUUUGAGGAGGGAAUCGAUUACAAAGCAAGCCUAAGAGAAGAGGUAGAGGAGGAUUACUGGGAGCUCAGCUCAUAUCAUUCUCCGGUGUCUUGACACAAACUUUUGCCAUUUGAUAGCUUAGAUGUUUGUUUCAAAUUAAAUGUUGGUGUUUGUAUCAGAAAAUAACUCUGCACAGAAAAACGAGGAAUAAAAACCUGAGUAUUUGCAUGUGUACAAGGUUACAUACGUGUGCCUUUGUGCAUGCAAACGUGUGUGUGUGCGUGUGUUUGUCUCUACCUAAAGUCUGGGUGUUUGUGUACUUUGUAUGCAUUUCUGCACGGAAUCAAGCUGUUUGUCGACAGAACUUAGAUGUUUGUACAUGUGUGUUUACGUUUGCACAUGUGUUAAUAUUGGUCUCAUAGAUUGAAGAAAUAGGGUUUGGAAAUCAAGAGGAAGGAAAUGUAAAUGCACAGUGAUAUAUCAAAUAUGCAGUAACUACAAGCCACUGAUUAUUAUAUAAGCCAUCCAAUCAUCAGCUGCUCAGUAAUCAUGUCUGUUUGCAACAGGGUCUGAAGAUUUUGCACAACUGUAAUGUUUCCUUCUGCUCGAGUUUCAGAACAAUUGCAUUUUACACAUAUACUCCAAAAGCUGGCUUCAUGACAUUGCAGAUACAGAGACUUUUUUUUUCCUAGAAUGUUUUUCCAUGAGUCUGUUUGCUUUACACAAAAUAUUAGUUUCAGGAGUAGUUACACACAUUAUUCAUUCAUACUAUGGAUUGUGAUACAGAAUAUGUCAAACUGUGUUUAUCAUCAAACAAAAGAAGUAGUAGUAUCAUCAUGUAUAGCCUAUUCUGUGAAAGCCUAAAUAAAGUUCAGAUGAAGCUGAUGAAACUUCAG